UCAGAGCGGAGCAGACUGAAAUGAACAGCUCCGUGUCCCUCACGUUCAGAAAUGUGCGCAGGGUGAAUAACGAGUCGCAUCGCUGUCUGUGUGUAUCCUUUUCAGAACACAUCACCCUCAUGUCUUUAAUGCAGCACCGGAAGCUUUAGACGAAGGAUACACGCGCACUUAACAAAUCCAACCACUUUCUGUUCAACCAGCCGCUGAAUGCAGAUUUUGGGAUAGCUUGCUUUCACUGAUUUCGAGGGGGACAGCUUCCAAGUUUCUGGUCUUGUCCGAUCAACAGUCCAGAACGCAAAGGCGAGGCCGACCUGACUAAUCAUCCAAGGUGUGAAGCCGGUACCUGUCCGAUGUCCUCUCCCCCCACAGUGUGAUGCGUCAUGGCUCCGGUGCUGAGUGGAGUGUGGUGGGGGCCGGAGGCGGGUGUCAUCGGGUCGGGGGCGGCGGCUGCUACGGGGGUGGCGUCGUGGCUGGGCAGUGGGCAGCUGGUUCUGGUCGUCACCCUCAGCACCCUCACUGCCCUGCUGCUGGUCUCUGUGCUGCUGCUGCUGUGUGCUAGCUGCCAGGGGCAGAAGAAGGCGGUCCAUGGACAUCCGGCAGGAGACCAUGAGAACCUCAUGAACGGAGUGUCGGACAGAGACACGAUCAGCCAAUCAGCAGACAGUCCAGCGACGGACGUGGCCGUCAGCAGCUCUCACAAUGGUCCUCUUACCAGCGGUACAAUCCUCACAGACACACAGGACGCCAGUCCCCAGCCGUCAGAGGAGAUGCUCUCCAGCCAAUCAGAGCUCAGGUCCUCUAAGUGUCCUCAGGACCGUGAGCUUCCCAGCAUUCCUGCCAACAACGCCCUUAUUGGGGAUGGACCCCCACCCUCAGGGGACAGCACCUAUGAGGUGGUAAAGGAGAUUGCAGUGGCAUCACGUGACGUCAGCGUGGAAGACUCCCUGUACGAGACGGUCAAGGAACUCAAAGAGCCGCCCACACAGCUCAGCCUCCCCAACGGUACCAUCCAGCUGAGCCCCGACGAACCUCCCCAUCAUCCCCCCGCCCUUCUCAACGGCCACCUCAGCCCCUGCACACCUGAGCGGGGGCCCCUGUGCGCAGGAGUGGAGUACGCCUCCGUCGACCUGAAUAAGAAGAGCCGUCACAGCGCCGACAUGGAGACCAAAAGGCGUUCUGAUAAUGCCAGCGUUCCCUCCCGCAAGCCUCUGGAGGAACCAGAGGAGGACUUGCCUCCUCCGGUACCAGAGAAGGUUCUGGAUGAAAAUGACAACCAGCCAGUGAUGAUGAAUGGGCUGGCCGGGGCUGGCCUGCACAAUGGAGAGUUACACUCCCCUCUGUCUCCUGCACCAGGGUUCGGCAACCACAUUCUGUCAGACAAUGAGUCAGCAGUGUACUCUACAGUCAACAAAACAGAAACUGAUGCUGUGAACGAGGAAGACACAGAGCACGACUACAGCAGCAUCGCAGAAUUCAAAGGUCUCGUAACGGCCUCUUCCUCUAGUGACCUCUACGCCACUGUCAGAGAUAUCUACGCCCAGCCCGAUGAGCCCCAGCCGGGGGAAGACCCCCUCUUGGACAGCACAGAUCCCGGCUACGAAACCAUCCGCAUCCGAAAGACUAGUAGCUCGGAUGAUGACCAAAGGGCGGAGGGGUCAGACGCUGCCAAGGUAGAGCCCGACUACGAGAGUUUCGGAGAGUUGGGUCUGGGACGGGAAACGUCCCGCCUCUGAGAUCUUCCCCUCAUCGCAUUAGGCUGUGGCGGUGUGGGAGAAACCUCCUCUCUGACAUCUUACAGACGUCACUGCAGUGCUUUGAACCUGCUACCAAGCAUGCUUUUGGUGCAUGCCUUGGGGGAAAUGGCAGAAAAUGGUGCACCACAGCAUCCAUCAACAAUGCAUGAGUGUCCUCUUUACAGCUUGGGUACGGUUUAUCAUAACUGAACUUUUAAUUUAUCAACCACAGUGAAUGUCAUUGGUACUGGUCGGCCGUAAAUAAACUGCAGUGCCUCAGUUAUUGGGCAUUAAUCAUGUGGAUGAGUGCACUUUGGAUCAUCAUUGAAAACCUCUUUUGUCUUUUUCACAGGGCAUAUCAUGGACACAUUUAACCACACUUGAUUGUGGAAAAAGAUUAAAUAAAUAAACAAAUAAAUAUCAAAUCACAAUAUACAUGCAGCGUUGUAAGGUUUAGCUGAGGAUACGAUCAGUGCCUGUGAUAUAAAAAAGAUACCAAGAAUUUAUUGCCAUAUAAUCAUGAAAUUCAUGCACUUACUGUACAUAUGAAGGUAUUAUUUCCCACUGCAGCUGCUAGUGGCUCUCUAGCUUCUUCUAGGUGACUCAGUGUCAUGUUUUAUUGAGGUGUCAGAUGAUGCAUUUCUAGCUAUGCUUUGUCAGGUUGUGCAGCACCUCCACUUUCCAUUCUCUGCUUGAAAUUCAUGUUCAUGGGUUUUAGGCAUUGAAAGCAAAAGCCAGGAGUAUCUGUGACCAAAUGGUUAGCUGAAAGAAUUCCAUAUUUUACGCCUCAAAAUAAAAUUGAGGACUUUUUGAUGAAGGGAAAUAAAGCGAACCCACAUGAGCUUUUACAAUACACUUUUAAAGCGUUUUUAAACGUUUUACAGUCCAUGUCAACCUUUUUUUUGUGAAAUUCAUAUUUAUUUGAAGAUGCAUAUUGAUGUGUGAAUGUGAAAUGUUACACACUUACGUAGUAUGUCUGUGAGAGAAAAGUACAUAGUGUUUUCUAGAAGUUUCUAGCAUUUUUAUUGAGAUACUAAAUGAAAGGUGGUUGUGAAGUUAUGACAGUUGUAAAGGUACGCUUUCCCCUGACUUUAUUUUUUAUUUGUAAGAAUUCAUUGUAUGAAAAAAAACUAAAAACAUGAUGAGAACAUAUAUUCUUUUUUUUUUUUUCAUUUUGCACAGGGUUCAAAACUAAUUAAAAAGAGGUGUAACAUGAUAAAGUGACGAACGUACGUUGUUAAAACCAAUUCAACUGUACUGUUUUGGUAGUCAUGUUAUUUUGAGCCUACUCUUGGUACAGUAAACAGCCUUCAGUUGGCAUCCCGGAUGAUCUCAAAGCACAAGGUUUAAUAUCACGGUACUGCAUUUAUAUACAGCUUAUUGAAAGCAUCAUCACAAUCUAGCUUCAGCUCUGCACAAUUUGAAUAUCUAAAGCGUUUUAACUUAGUAGCACUCUGUCUGUUUGUAGCUUGUACUGACGACAUGCCAACCAAGGCUUGUAUAUACUUAGAGCACUAUUUUAACCAACUGUUAUUCGCUGGAUGUUUCAUGUAAGCUUUUACUUAUUUGUACAAUGUCCAGAGUGGUAUACUUUUUUAAAUAAGUCUGUUAAGAGCACUGAUGUAUGUCUGCCUUGUUUAAGGAAAACUGAAAACAAUGGCUUUUUUUUUAUUUUAUUGUAACUCAAAGUUGCUAAAUAACUUUUGAGUUGUGAGAAGUAGUAACCAAUCAAAUGUCAGAAAUAUGGUACAAUGUUUUUGGUACAUGCAUUUUAAGAAACAGUGAGUGUGGUACUUGUAUUAUUAUUUUUUAAUGAAUUAAUGUGUCAAUACUGUUGUUUGAUGUUACUUUUCAAAUUGAACAGGGCCAAUACUUUUCUUUGCUGUAAAUAUCUCGUUUACUGCUACAGUAUUUCCCGUCUUUGGAGAAAAAAUAAUUGUUGUCAUCUGUUUCCACCGACAUUACAACAUUACAGCAUCUCCAGCCUUAGUUCAUGUUUCAUGAGACAUGCAGGAGCUUGUUGGUGGUUUAGACAAAGACAGCUAGCCCGCGCUGACUGGUAACAGAUUCAUAAAUUACACCAGACAUUUCAAAUGCUGUAACAUCUCCCAGCAAUGCUACAGUGAAAGAGGAAAAACGGGUAAAUGAAGCCCGGAAAGAAAAAAGUUUCUGCAAAGAGGUAAUUAUCAUUGUCAUUAACACUCCCAAAUCUUACCAGGGCAACACACACACACGCACACACGCACACGCACACACACACACACACACACAGUUAAUAGAUAAUUCCCUAAAAUCACUUAUUCUCUCUAGCUGUCUUGUUCAUACAAACAGACAUUUCCCUUCAGGGAAUUGGGGUGUCUUGGAGGUCCGGAGAUGCUCCCUCACUGCCUCUCUUUCAGCUCCACUACUCCUGUAAUGAGACCAUUUGUUCCCCCUACAACCAGCAGACAACUGGAUGGUGACACCUGCCUUUGAUCACAGGGUGAAGCCUAUUUUGGAAAUUAUGUUCAUAUCUGUCACUCCACUCUGUCUGGUUUCCAUUCUCUGCAUGUAAAUAUUUUAUGACAUGAAUUGUUCUAUUAAAAUAUAUAUAUAAUAAA